GGGACUUGGGCUUUGGGCGGAGUCAAAGUCGCAGAGGUCCUCUCUGCGUGGGCGGGGAAGAGCGGCCGUAGUUGUAACCAGCGGCUCCCGUUACGUAAAGUAGUGAAGUGUCAGCGCUUUUCCCGCCACAGCUUUCAGUGCCCCUUCGGUUUGCAGUCGGGCUCACAGGCCCAGGAAGGGAAAGACAUGCCCAGAAGGGAUUUCCUGAUGUAGCAGUGAUUCUUUCUUCAGGACUCACAUAUACUGCAGGCCUCUUUGAGAAGUAAGUGCCUGAACCCUUGUUGAUAAUGCUUCGGGAGAAAAUGUGCGGAAACAGCCUGUGAAAAGGCAGCGAGAAGAGUGAAACACAGAGAACCGGGAACGCAGCACAGAAAAAGAGAGUGCCUGACGCCAUCACCACUGAAGAGAUGUUUGCUGAAUGAAUGAACUGCUUAUAGUUUGAUGCUUCAACAAGUUGUCCCAUAACCUGUGUCUGCUGGUGCUUUUCCUUUGCCUAGAAUACCUUUCCCUUCCUCACCUGGCUCAUUCCUAAAGACUCAUCCGUCACAGGAAAUGAAGCCAGAAUCCACAGAUGUCAUAAUCCAUCUGCACGCUUUUGUUUACUACCCAGAAGGCAAGAAUAUUGCAUUUUAAAAGUGUCCGGACUUUUGUUCUUUCUUAUCACAAAUGACUUGAGAAGAUCUGACCAUUCACAGUUACCCAGAGUGGAAGUGCCAAAGACAUGCUUCCUGGAGCGCUUUGAGAUUCAGGUAUCUCAUAGAAGUGGAACCACAAUAUUUGUCCUUUUGUGACCGGCUUAUCUCACCGAGCAUAAAGUCUUCAGAACUCAUCCAUGUUGCAGCAGGUGUCAGAGCUUCCUUCCUUCUUAAGAUUCCACAUGUAAGUCUCUCCUUUUAAAAUGUGAUGUCUCCAUUUCCGAGGGAAGUUGGUCAUCCCAGAUGGCCACAAGGAAGAGAUGGCUUGGCCUCCAACACUGAAUUAUUCAGUGGUGGUGUCUGAACACUGGAAACCAAAUUUCAACUGAGGAUCAAAAGCAACGGUGAUGUCUUUGCAUGAGAUGCAGCUGAACUUCGAUGCUCCCGCAAUCUGAUUCACAGUUUAUAAUCACAGUUAUCACAGAACCAUUAAAAGCCUAUUAACUUGAAUUCCCACAAUUCCUUGGGGGCAAGGGCAAAGAGAGAGCAACGUAACUUUGAAUGUAAAUGUAACACAAGGUUCGAACAGAGAGAAUCUCUUUUAACUGUGCCAGUGGAAGAUGUCGUAUGGAUGCAUCUACCCUAGCAGAUGGCUGAUGUAAGAAUACAACGUGAAGUCUUAGGAGGCUCGGGAUGUUAUGAAAACGAUUUCUCUGUGAAGCGACUGGUAAAGUGUCUGUCCGCCCCAGACCUCUUUCUGGGAGGAGGAAGAGGAGGUGACUUGUUAAAAUGUGUUAACUGCACGCUGGGUUGGCUGGACAAACACUAUGCGGUGUCUGAUCGAAUCAGCCUGAAAAGAAUCCUCGGCCCCAUUCAGCGGGAGCAAAAGCCCAACUGCUGUCCAAGCCCUCGUCAUGUGAGAAAUCUGAUUUCAUGUUUUUCCACCCUUCAGUGCCUGUGCUGACAUUUCCCCUAACAAUGCUAUUAUGUGCUGUACAGCCAGACAGUGCAGUCAGUAAGCUGUCCUGAGACUUCGGAUAAAACGGAGAGCUCUUAUCUCACUGCAAAACAAUUAGAGACCUCGUGCAGCCGUGAGCUGUGUGCAUGCCAACAUACCAACGCUGGUCUGUUCCCAAAUUUCUGAGCCCUCCCUGGAGACAUACACGCCUGCACAUUAGGAUGCUCGCUCUAAAUGGCCCACAUGCGUGUGCCCCUGGCGAGCUGGACGUGGUCCUUGUCUCACCUUUGUGAAGGAGUAUUGGAAUCACCUGAGGAAAGAAAGCGCAUUCUCUCUGCCGUCUCCAGCGCUGGUUCUGAAAUAACUAAUUCCAAUCAAUCCGUCCUCACCUCAUAUGAGUUCUUCCUGCAGGAACUGCCCACAUUCACUGCCCAGUUUGAUCCUGUUCCCACGAUGGAGAAAGCAAAUGGCUUGGUCCCGAGGGAGCAGGUUAUUGACUACGUACUUAAUUAGGCACACAGCCCCGAUGGGGUCAUUCUGCCACUGUCAAAACGACUGGACCAUGGCAUGGCGGAACCAUGAAUUUGGUUUACUAUCAUUUGCCACCGUUGAAUCAAUGGGGUAGGAAUCUAAAUGAAACGUUAAGACAACCACACUGCAGCCUGUUUAUAUAACUGUGCAAAGAAACAGCAUGUGUCUCAGGGUCCUCUGGGGGAAAACCUCUACUUCCCUACUUCCGUAUCAGGCACACUGAGGUCGGUGUUAUGCCUUCUAGAACGGUUUUAAGCGCCGAAGGGAAAACCUCCUAGGAAAAUAGGAUAUAAACUCUUUUAGCCUCCUACUUGAGUUUCCAAAUCUUUAAAAGUCUAAAAGGACAGUGAUCCUUGCCCAAGAAUUAGGCUGCAAUUCUUCUCUGUAGGUACAAGGUCAAAUGGGCCCACGGGUGCCCUGAAUCCUCUGUCUUUUCACAGAAAGACCGAGAAAGCCUCAAGCACUGACCAGGGCCUUGAGAUUCUCCAGGGUGGUGCUUCUCAAACUUUAUGUGCACACAGAUCACCCGGGCGUCUUGUUAAAAUGCAGAUUCAGAUUCAGUAGGUCUGGGCAUGGACCUGAGACUCUGCAUUCCUAAUAAACUCCCAAGUGGUGCUUGGGUUGCUGGUCCAAGGACCACACCUGGAGCAGUGAGGCCUUGGUGGUGGGAAGGUUCCUUACCUCACAGCCAACUUAGAAGGAAGUAGGGAAGAAAAGACCUUGCGAAGGCAACAUCGCAAGCCUUGACACUGUGUCCAUUUCCUAUCUGCCUUUGCAAGGACCCCCGGUGACAGAAAUACCCUGGACUGUGAAGAAAGAGCAAGCAAGAAAGGACAAAUUGGUGGUCAUCCACACAAUUAACUGAAUUGAUGAACCUCGGAUCCCAGUCGAGCUGGAGGAAUCGGGGUGUAACGUCAGGACUCAGCCCACGUCUGUCAUUUAUGACUUUGUCUUAUUAUCUUUGUAACAAGGCUCUUUUAUUAGCUCACAGUUUGCUGCCAAGGUGAUGAAAUGUACCAUAUGUUUUAUGGUACACGGUAAGAGGAGAGAGGGGAUCUUAAAAGACCUACAGAUCUCUUCUUCGUUGAGGGACCUCACCUCCUCUCUCUCCUCCCCGCGUGGGAUGGAGAUGAACUUACCAUCACGUUCCAAGACACUGUUCAUUUCCUCUUCAGCUGAAAAAUAUAUAUGGCUGUUUUGCUUUAUGAUUGUGGAGGCCGGCAUUUUCCAUUCCAGUGCUCUCUGUUCUGAAGCACACUUGUAAUUACUGCUGUCUUUUAUUCUGUGUCUUCGGAGGACUGUCCCGUUCAAACUGCGAGAGGACAAAAGCUGCUGUCUUUCCAGGGGUGGAAACAAUAGCAUCGAGUCUUCACGUAAACCUCAACCAACACGGAAACACAGAAGUGAAAAUGGGAAUAACAAGCGCAGCCAGUGGAGAAAUGGAAAUCAAACUAAAUAUUUCCACCUGUCUUUUUCAGAAUUUGGAGAAAGAAUAAACUCGGCACGCCUGCUGCAUCCUAAGGUUCCCUCACAUUGGACAAAUGCAAAAGACACCAGAAUCCAUCACACGUACCAUGUUAAAAGAGUCCAAUAGUCCACGUUUAUCUCGGAGAGUGGAGGAGAAGCUACCACUGAUCUACAAAGUGCGGGAGAAGCAAGCAGUGAAUAACAACUUCCCCUUCUCUGUACACGACAAUCGUCACAGCGCUCAGAACUCUGGAUUCUACCUCGACUCUGGCCUGGGACGUAAGAAGGUCUCCUCAGAAAAAAGGCAACACAUUUCAAGAAAUUUCAAUCUUUGGACCUGUGACUAUGUUCCAUCUUGUCUCGAUGGCUUUUCAAAUAACCAAAUAUCAUACGUCUAUCAGGAAGCUGUGGUGGUCCCAAUUUUCAGACGCUUUCCAAGACAUUAUGAUGAGUUAUGGAACACUUUUAAAUUUAUUCCCCAGCAAAGCUAUACAGAGUAUUUGAAAAAGAAUCCAAAAGUAAGGUUCACGAUUAACAAAACGGCCGGUUCUCCACUGAAGCCCUAACCCUUCCAGAAGAUUCCUGAUGAGUUUUGCAAUAUUGUUAUUUCAUCACACAUUCUAAAAGUAUGUAUUUUCUGAUCCAGCACUGAGGUUUGACAUAAGAUUUGUUUAGGAUUAGAGAAUAUAGACUGUAUGUGCCUCAAUGCUGAGGUGAAGUUUUCUUGCAGUGAUAACAUAAAGAAACAUAAAGUCCUUAUAUAGAGAAACCAGAAAGGCAACAGGUAAUGUUGCCACUCCCCCACCUUUAAAGUAUUUUUAUGGUUUUAAUAAGGUUGAAAAAUAUUCAGGUCCUUAUAAAAUAAAGAUACGUGAUGACAUACACAUUUUAAAUGAAUGUGUUUUCAACAAAAAUGUGCUUAAAUUUUGAAAUUGCCACAUUAACUUUUGGGAGAGGUUUUAAAUUACAUAAUUAAUAUAGGCUUACAUUUUUAUCUUGAAAUUUCAAACAAACAGAGAAAGCAGGAGUCCCCUUUGAUUUCACCACAUCUCUAAUCCUUGUCCUGUCCCCAGAAGUAAGCUAACCAUUUUUUUUUAAUUUAUUUAUUUUAUUUAUUUAUUUUGGCUGUGUUGGGUCUUUGUUGCUGCAUGCAGACUUUCUCCUAGUUGUGGCGAGCGGGGGCUACUCUUCCUUCCAGUGCACGGGCUUCUCACUGUGGUGGCUUCUCUUGUUGCGGAGCACGGGCUCUAGGCAUGCAGGUUUCAAUAGUUGUGGCACGCAGGCUCAGUAGUUGUGGCGCACAGGCUUAGCUGCUCCAUGGCAUGUGGGAUCUUCCCGGACCAGGGCUCGAACCCGUGUCCCCUGCAUUGGCAGGCAGAUUCUUAACCACCGUGCCACCAGGGAAGUCCCUAACCAUUUGUUUUUAUUCUAUGCUUUUACAAUCACAUGCAUGUGCAUAACUAUUAAUACAUUGAAAUUUUGAACAUAAACUGUGUUACACAGUACAUAUGUUCUUGAAGUACAUAACUGAUCUUGAAGUUCUUGCAGUGUCAGUAUGAAUAAACUACUGCACUGUAUCCCUUAAUAUGGAUGUACCAUGUUUUAAAAAACUAUCUUACUAAUGAGCCUUUGAAUUGUGUCUAAUUUUUGACUGUCAGACGUGGUGCUACAUGAACAUGCUUUAUCGGGCUCUUUGGGUGCAUGUUUAAAUGUGCUCUGGAGUCAUCUCUGAAAGUUACCUUCUUAGUGCCAAGUUGGCCCGUAGGCACAGAGUAUUAAUAAACACCGCCAAACCACCUUCAAAACAGACUGGAACAAUUAAACUUCCAUCUACAGUAUCUGUGAGUUUCUGUUUCUCUGCCCCCUCAAAUUAUCUUUUAGAUAUUUCAGGAUAUUUAAGGACAAAAAAAUGGUAUCUUGUUAUUUUCUUAUUUUGCAUUUCUCUGAUUAUUAGUGAAGUUGGCCAUCUUUUCCCACUCAGGGGCCAUUUAUGUUGCCCUUAAAAUGAGCAAUGUCACCAUCAUUCUAUAUCAAAAUUUUCUCGUUUCUAUUUAAAUAUUUUUCUUAUAGACGAAUUUUAGAAUAAGUUUGUCAAGUAAAUCCACUGGCAAUUUGAUAGGAACUUCCCUGAAUUUAGAUAUUAAUUUAUAGGAGAAUCCACAUCUUUAUACCGUGGUGUAUCUCUGCAUUUAUUCAAAUCUUAUUUUAUGUUCUUUGGUAAAGCUUUAUAACUCUUUUUACAUAAGUAUGGUAUGUUUCU